AUGGAUAAAGAUAAAAUUCCUGAACAUAGGAAAAAUGCCUUCAAGGCAAAGGCUGUUUUUAAGGCUGACGAAUUACGCAGACGUCGUGAGGAAUUACAAGUUGAAAUUCGUCGAAAGAACCGAGAAGAAUCAUUGGCAAAACGUCGUAAUCUUAAUGUUCCCGCCUCACCCGACUCGGAUGAUGAGGUGGCUGUUGCGACCAUUAACGCUCAGCUCCAAGAGCAGUUACCUGGUAUGAUUCAUGGAGUCUUCUCUGAAAAUGUUGAGGAGCAAUUGCAAGCCACUACCAAGUUUAGAAAAUUGCUUUCCAAGGAGAGGAAUCCUCCUAUUGAACAAGUUAUCGAAUGUGGAGUAGUUGUCCGUUUUGUGGAAUUUUUGAGAUCUCUUCACUCUUUGGUUCAAUUCGAAGCAGCUUGGGCUUUGACUAAUAUUGCAUCAGGAUCUUCACAGCAAACCCAAGUUGUUAUCGAUGCUGGAGCUGUUCCUAUCUUUGUUGAAUUAUUGAGUAGCACAGUUGCUGAUGUUAAAGAACAGGCUGUUUGGGCUUUAGGUAAUAUUGCCGGUGAUAGUCCUCCAUGUCGUGACUAUGUCUUGCGUGAGGGAGCCCUUCGACCUUUAUUAGCCAUCUUGAAUGAACAUCACAAACUUUCAAUGUUGAGAAAUGCAACUUGGACCCUAUCUAACUUCUGUCGCGGAAAAAAUCCUCAACCAGAUUGGAGCCUGAUUGCUCCCGCUCUUCCAGUGCUCGCCAAACUCAUCUAUUCUAUUGAUGAUGAGGUUCUUAUUGAUGCUUGUUGGGCUAUCUCAUAUUUAUCAGAUGGCAGUAAUGAAAAAAUACAAGCCGUUAUUGAAUCUGGCGUUUGCCGUCGGCUUGUCGAGCUUUUGAUGCAUUCAUCAACUUCCGUUCAAACUCCAGCAUUACGUUCAGUUGGAAAUAUUGUUACUGGCGAUGAUGUCCAAACUCAAGUUAUCAUCAAUUGUGGUGCUUUACCUGCUUUAUUGAGUUUAUUAUCUAGUCCAAAGGAUGGUCUUCGUAAGGAAGCUUGUUGGACAAUUUCCAAUAUUACUGCUGGAAAUUGUGCUCAAAUACAGGCAGUUAUUGAUGCGAAUAUUAUACCACCUCUUAUUAACAUCUUGCAACACGCCGAUUUUAAGACUCGCAAGGAAGCAUGCUGGGCUAUUUCCAAUGCAACGUCUGGUGGUUUGAAUAAACCUGAACAAAUCAAAUAUCUCGUUAGUCAAGGAUGCAUUAAGCCACUCUGUGAUUUAUUAACUUGCAUGGAUAAUAAAAUUAUUCAAGUUUCACUUGAUGGAAUUGAGAAUGUCCUAAAAGUUGGUGAAAUUGAUAAGGUAGAUAGCGUAAAUCAAUUCGCCCUAUAUGUUGAAGAAGCUGGUGGUAUGGAGAAGAUUCAUAACUUGCAGAUUCACGACAAUAUUGAAAUUUACAAGAAGGCCUAUCACAUAAUUGAUAAAUACUUUGCAGAAGAUGAAGAAGAAGAUCCUAAUUUGGCUCCUGAGAUGAAUACGAAUACAGGUCAAUUUGCUUUUCCAUCGGAUGUAGACAUGCCUCAAGGAGGGUUUAACUUUGGUGGUAGCAAUCCAAUGUAA